ACUUUUAGCAGUACAGUGAGACCAAAAUGGACGCGCCUAGUAUCUUUUGACGUUAGUCAAAACUCUCAACAGUUUACCUUGACAUUUCGUCUGCGAAACAUACGCACAUACUAAAGUAGAAUAACAUUUUACAUCGUGCACAUCGAUGUAUACUUUGUGGAUGGAUUUUCAGUGUAGUGUGUGACUAUAAAAAAUUGUUUGAGUCAAGUUUUUCUUCCCUGACUCACUCUCCUCGCCAUCAUUUGGUAUUCGAAGAAAACGCUCCCCUCCUCGAGAGAAGAAAAGAACAGAGCAGACUAGAAGAUGGCUAUUUGGCCAAAAGUGACGUGCUUUUUAAACGAAAAAACUAACGUUUGGUGUUUCCUCUUUAUGUGGCUUUCUCUAUGUGCUUCCCUCUCAGUGGCUCAGCCCAAUUCCUGUCCGGUCAAUUGUUCUUGCCUUGGUACGCUUGUUGACUGUAGCAAGCAAGGGCUUACCAAAAUACCCAAAGAUUUGCCUCUCUGGACUGAAAUUUUGGAGCUACAGGAAAACCUCAUCAACACAUUUAGCUCCAACCAUUUUGGCCAUCUCAAGAAUCUUCGACAAUUGGAUCUCAGCAACAAUAAAAUAAAAUUAAUCGUGCCCGGAUCGCUUGCUUCAUCAGUUCACCUCAAUGAAUUGAAAUUGAAUCACAACGAGUUGACGGAUAUCCCUGACCUAGGCCCCUUAGCAAAUCUUUCGUCGAUAAAUUUGGCGCACAACGAGAUUUUGUCACUGAACGGAACGUGGCUGACUCGAACUAAAAAUCUUAAAAAUCUUGAUCUGAGUCACAACAAAAUCUCUGAAAUUCCAGCCGGAAUAUUCUCCAAUGGUAGCCGACUUCAAGUUUUAAAUUUGAGCAACAAUCGAAUUCAACAUCUGGAUAAAGGAUGCCUUUACAAUCUGACAGCACUCGUCGACUUGAAAUUAGCCCGUAACAGGAUAUCCUCUCUUCCCAAAGAGCUGUUUAAGAGACUUUCUGCCCUUAAAUUUCUUGAAUUGAAUCGGAACCGACUAACAAAAAUUGAAGGACUGACAUUUGAUGGCCUCUCAUCGUUGACUGCUCUCCGCCUCCGACGAAACGAAAUAAAUCAACUCUUCGAUGGUGCUUUUUUCGGACUCUCUUCAAUCCAGCAAUUGCAACUGGAUUUCAACAACAUCACGACAGUGACUAAAGCUUGGCUGUACGGGUUGAAUUCCAUGCAACAGUUAAGCUUAAGCAACAAUCAUAUCUCAACCAUUGACAAGGACGCUUGGGAGUUUUGUCAACAAAUGUGGGAAUUGGAUUUGACACACAAUGACUUGGUAGCCGUCGAAAAAUCCUCGUUGACCAAACUUCCAAAGCUUCGACAACUAAUUCUCGAUCAUAACAAGAUCUCGUAUGUGGAGGAGGGGGCCUUUGCUCAUCUACCGGUGUUACAAACACUUGAACUGAAUUACAAUGAAAUUUCCUGGACCAUCGAAGACACAAAUGGAACGUUCACUGAGUUAAGCCAAGUGACUAAAUUGGGUUUGGCUGCCAACCGCAUUAAAUCAGUGGCUCGCAAAGCCUUUGUUGGAAUGCAAGGUCUCAAGGUUCUCGACCUACAGGAUAACGCCAUUGCAACUAUUCAAGACGGAGCGUUCUCUGAGCUACCGUCGCUCGAAGAUUUACGAGUCAAUAGUAGCAGCCUUCUUUGUGAUUGCCAGCUAAAGUGGCUUCCAGCUUGGUUGGAUGUUAAUGGUGGACUUGCUUCAAUGGUAGAUCUUAAGUGCGGACACCCUGAAAAGCUGGUUGGAUUAGUCGUUCAGCAAGUUCCUGUUCACAAUUUUACUUGUGAUGACUUUCCAAAACCCUUCAUCACUGAAGAACCGAUCACCAAAGUUGCCCUGAAGGAAGAAAAUGUUACACUAACGUGCAAGGCUGAAUCUACGUCGGCGGCCUCACCCAUGAGUGCCAUCUGGAAAAAAGACAAUCUGGUCUACAAAGGAAGCCAGGUGGUGACGCUAGCUCGAUCACCGGAUGGACGCACAAACCUAAUGACAUCAGAGCUUCUACUUCAAAACAUUUCGGACGAAGAUGCCGGACGUUACCAAUGCGUUGUUUCCAAUGAUUUUGGUUCCACGUACUCUUCUCGGGCUAAAAUAACCGUUCAUGUCUUUCCUACAUUCACCAAAACACCAGUUGAUAUUCGAGUCAAAGCAGGGAACACUGCUCGACUAGAGUGUCAUGCCGAAGGAUCCCCUCCUCCGGAAGUUGCUUGGAAAAAGGAUGGCGGAGAUGACUUUCCUGCAGCACGCGAGCGUCGUAUGCAUGUGAUGUCUAAUGAUGAUGUCUUUUUCAUUGUCAACGUUAAGGCAGCUGACAUGGGUGUUUACUCCUGUACGGCUCAAAAUGUAGCGGGCGUUAUCGUUGCCAACGCUACGCUGACCGUUCUUGAAACCCCGUCAUUUGUUAAACAAAUGGAAGACAGGGAGAUUGUUACGGGUGAGACAACAGUCUUGGAAUGUAUGGCGUCUGGUUCUCCUAAACCUCGUCUUAACUGGACUAAAGAUGGUGGACCGUUAGUGGCCACUGAGAGACAUUUUUUUACAGCUGAUAGCCAACUUUUGAUAAUCGUUCACACAAAGACAUCGGAUGCGGGGCGAUACGAAUGUGAAAUGUCCAAUCCUCUUGGAGUUGAGAGAGACUCGACCAUGUUGACAGUUAUUCCAACAUCACUUGCAUCUGGCGAUAGAGAAGAUGAAUCGGCCACGAUUGGAAUUAUUAUAAUCGCUGUUGUCUGCUGCGUGGUGGGCACUUCAAUAGUCUGGGUCAUCAUCAUCCACCAGACGCGCAAGAGAGCAAGAAUCAAUGCACUCUCUUUGCCGUCAUCAACUCUACAGACCCAGCCACUGCAUGCAACGCCAAGUUUACCGUUUCCUGGAGUAGAGUUCAUGGCUACGGAUACUGACGACCCGGAUAUUAAUAUCGAUAUCGACAGUAUUCCUACUACGUUGUAUCCGCCUGAUUUGGAGAUUUUGGCAUACAAGGAAAGUGUCGGAUCUACUGGGCAACUCUACACCUAUCUUGCCGAUAAUAAUUCGGAUUCAGAACACUCAAGUAGCAAAGAUAGCGGUAACGGCGACUCCGGUAGAAGAAGCAACAGCAACGAGGACGUAACGGUGAUCAACGAUAAUGUCGUCAGUCACAGCUUACAUAGUCUAAACACUGCCGUCACUGAAGCCUCUGAUAGUACAGUGUCAUCCAGAUUACCUUGUAGAAGCAAUCAUCCUCGCAACUAUUCCAACGCCAACUACACCCGAACGCUCAGCACCUUUGUGCCUCAACCAAGACCUAGCACUCACUUCACGGAAGCAGAGCACACAAGUAGACCAGCCCAUUCACGAGGGCGAAUGUCGCUUUACGAAGACCGAUGCGCGCGUAAUUCACGGCACUCGAUGGGUUCUCCCGUUGCCAAUUACAGCCUGGCUCGGCACGAAAUCUAAAACUAAAUGCCUAUUUAUGUGAAUCGCAGAAAAAUGUUCUGAAACUACGAAUGUGAAAAUUUGGUGGCCUUGUUCAAAUUUUGGCAGUUGCUUAAGAUUUUGAAAUUGUUGAAUGCACUUUGUACCGAUCACCUAGUCGCGUUAAUAAUGUUUAUGGUGUAAAAGUUGUGUUACAUACCUGAUUUUUAAAUGUGUCAAGGCAUUUCCGCAGUUAAGCCUUAUUGAGAAGUUAUUGUUAAAAAUACUGCGUUGUAUACGUUUCUGCAUUGCAAUCAUAUCUUCUCGUUUUGUUCAACUGAGCUUUUAAUUGUUCAUCAUUGGUGUUUAUUUCAGCAUGCCACUCAAUAGAAUAUAUUCGAGGAUGGCUGUAUAGGAAAUUUAUGUAUUUGUGUUUCUCUUAUUUUCAAGAGUUAUGCUCACAAUAUUUUAGAGUAUUGAAUAACCGUCGUCCAUAAUGUUGUCUUCUUGUAAUCGAAAAAUAGACUUCAUUGUUAUAAUUUUUA